UUUGUUUGGUGUAUUUUUUUAUCUUCCAUUGUGAGUUCACUAACAGUUUAGAGAUGAUGAGAUUAAGUCUAGCUAUUUUAUACCUUUGGAUAUGCACGAAUGUUGAUGCUACGCCAAAACCAGACUGUCCUCCUGAGCUCCCAUCAGAAAAGAAUGCUGACAUUUCUAUUGACUCUAUUAAAACCAGCUACAGCGCGGGGGAUAAAAUACAGUUCACCUGCAAAGCUGGCUACGUCUCUAAGUUGGAAAUCGGAUAUGUAUGUAGUGACCACAAAUGGACACAGGAUCAUAAAGGAGAAUGUACAUUGGUGACAUGCCCUACAAUUAAAACAGGAGGGGAUUUGACUGCAUCGGGCAACACAGAAGGAGGAGGUAUUGGUGACGUUAUUCAGUUUGAAUGCAAAUCUUCUGAUAAAACCAUAGAUGGAAGUAGUAGCAUUAUCUGCAAGGAUACUGGCGACUGGAAUGCAUCUGCUCCAAACUGUAUAGAUAUUUCAUGCAAACCGCCUAACAUACAACAUGGAAAUGUUAGGGGGGGGAAAGAUUACAAGAAAGACGACACAUUAGAAUAUGAAUGUGGUCCAGGAUAUAAACCUGGGCAAGGAACUCCUAAGUGCGGUAAACAUGGCUGGACUCCUGAGCCAAAAUGUGAAGCUGAUAGUCCAGUGGUGAAAUGCCCAAAAAUUCACACAGAUGGGGAUUUGACUGCAUCGGGCAACACAGAUAACGGAGGAUAUGGUGAUGUUAUUCAGUUUGACUGCAAAUCUUCUGAUAAAACCAUAGAUGGAAGUAGUAGCAUUAUCUGCAUGGAUACUGGCGACUGGAAUGCAUCUGCUCCAAACUGUAUAGAGAUAUCAUGCAAACCACCCAACAUACAACAUGGAAAUGUUAGGGGGGUAAAAAAUUACAAGAAAGACGACACAUUAGAAUAUGAUUGUGGUCCAGGAUAUAAACCUAGGAAAGGAAAUCCUAAGUGCGGUAAACAUGGCUGGACUGUGGAGCCAAAAUGUGUAUCAGAAAGUGAAGUGGUGAAAUGCCCUAAAAUUCACACAGAUGGGGAUUUGACUGCAUCGGGCAACACAGAAGACGGAGGUUAUGGUGACGUUAUUCAGUUUGACUGCAAAUCUUCUGAUAAAACCAUAGAUGGAAGUAGUAGCAUUAUCUGCAUGGAUACUGGCGACUGGAAUGCAUCUGCUCCAAACUGUAUAGAGAUAUCAUGCAAACCACCCAACAUACAACAUGGAAAUGUUAGGGGGGUAAAAAAUUACAAGAAAGACGACACAUUAGAAUAUGAUUGUGGUCCAGGAUAUAAACCUAGGAAAGGAAAUCCUAAGUGCGGUAAACAUGGCUGGACUGUGGAGCCAAAAUGUGUAUCAGAAAGUGAAGUGGUGAAAUGCCCAAAAAUUCACACAGAUGGGGAUUUGACUGCAUCGGGCAACACAGAAGACGGAGGUUAUGGUGACGUUAUUCAGUUUGACUGCAAAUCUUCUGAUAAAACCAUAGAUGGAAGUAGUAGCAUUAUCUGCAUGGAUACUGGCGACUGGAAUGCAUCUGCUCCAAACUGUAUAGAGAUAUCAUGCAAACCACCCAACAUACAACAUGGAAAUGUUAGGGGGGUAAAAAAUUACAAGAAAGACGACACAUUAGAAUAUGAUUGUGGUCCAGGAUAUAAACCUAGGAAAGGAAAUCCUAAGUGCGGUAAACAUGGCUGGACUGUGGAGCCAAAAUGUGUAUCAGAAAGUGAAGUGGUGAAAUGCCCAAAAAUUCACACAGAUGGGGAUUUGACUGCAUCGGGCAACACAGAAGACGGAGGUUAUGGUGACGUUAUUCAGUUUGACUGCAAAUCUUCUGAUAAAACCAUAGAUGGAAGUAGUAGCAUUAUCUGCAUGGAUACUGGCGACUGGAAUGCAUCUGCUCCAAACUGUAUAGAGAUAUCAUGCAAACCACCCAACAUACAACAUGGAAAUGUUAGGGGGGUAAAAAAUUACAAGAAAGACGACACAUUAGAAUAUGAUUGUGGUCCAGGAUAUAAACCUAGGAAAGGAAAUCCUAAGUGCGGUAAACAUGGCUGGACUGUGGAGCCAAAAUGUGUAUCAGAAAGUGAAGUGGUGAAAUGCCCAAAAAUUCACACAGAUGGGGAUUUGACUGCAUCGGGCAACACAGAAGACGGAGGUUAUGGUGACGUUAUUCAGUUUGACUGCAAAUCUUCUGAUAAAACCAUAGAUGGAAGUAGUAGCAUUAUCUGCAUGGAUACUGGCGACUGGAAUGCAUCUGCUCCAAACUGUAUAGAGAUAUCAUGCAAACCACCCAACAUACAACAUGGAAAUGUUAGGGGGGUAAAAAAUUACAAGAAAGACGACACAUUAGAAUAUGAUUGUGGUCCAGGAUAUAAACCUAGGAAAGGAAAUCCUAAGUGCGGUAAACAUGGCUGGACUGUGGAGCCAAAAUGUGUAUCAGAAAGUGAAGUGGUGAAAUGCCCCCCAAUUCACAUAGGAGGGGAUUUGACUGCAUCAGGCAACACAGAAGAUGGAGGUUAUGGUGACGUUAUUCAGUUUGACUGCAAAUCUUCUGAUAAAACCAUAGAUGGAAGUAAUAGCAUUAUCUGCAAGGAUACUGGCGUCUGGAAUGCAUCUGUUCCAAACUGUAUAGAGAUAUCAUGCAAACCGCCUAACAUACAACAUGGAACUGUUACGCAUGGGAAAGAUUACAAGAAAGACGACACAUUAGAAUAUAAUUGUGGUUCAGGAUAUAAACCCGGACAAGGAACUACUAAGUGCGGUAAACAUGGCUGGACUGUGGAGCCAAAAUGUGAAGUGGUGAAAUGCCCUAAAAUUCACACAGAAGGGGAUGUGAGUGCAUCGGGCAACACAGAUAACGGAGGAUAUGGUGAUGUUAUUCAGUUUGACUGCAAAUCUGCUAAUAAAAGAAUAGAUGGAAGUAGCAGCAUUUACUGCAAGGAUACUGGCGACUGGAAUGCACCAGUUCCAAACUGUAUAGAGAUAACAUGCAGACCGCCUAACAUACAACAUGGAAAUGUUAGGGGGGUAAAAGAUUACAAGAAAGACGACACAUUAGAAUAUGAUUGUGGUCCAGGAUAUAAACCUAGGAAAGAUACUCCCAAGUGCACUAAGGAUGGCUGGACUGUGGAGCCGAAAUGUGUAUCUGAAAGUGAAGUGGUGAAAUGCCCCCCAAUUAACACAGGAGGGGAUUUGACUGCAUCGGGCAACACAGAAGGCGGAGGUUAUGGUGACGUUAUUCAGUUUGACUGCAAAUCUCCUAAUAAAAGAAUAGAUGGGAGUAGUAGCAUUAUCUGCAUGGAUACUGGCGACUGGAAUGCAUCUGUUCCAAACUGUAUAGAAAUAUCAUGCAAACGGCCUCCCAUACAACAUGGGACUGUUAAACAGGUGAAAGAUUACAAGAAAGACGACACAUUACAAUAUGAAUGUGGUCCAGGAUAUAAACCCAGGCAGGGAACUUCCAAGUGCGCUAAACAUGGCUGGACUCUGGAGCCAAAAUGUGAAGAAACGACAGAUCCUUGCAAUACACCAACUGUGGAAAAUGGGUACAUACACACAGACCGCUCCAAAAAGAGAAUGAUCUAUUAUACAUGCAAUCCGGGUUAUAAACCAGACACUGGGACCUGUUGGAAAGCUGCGACGUGUGUCAGAGGGAUCUGGAGGAAUGUCCCACGAUGCAUCAAGGUGGAUGAGUGUGGUCCUUUGCCCAAAAUUCAACACGGAAAGCUGAUCACCAAACAAUCUGCAGUACAGAUUCAAUGUGAUCCAGGGUUCGAACCAUCAAACACAGUGAUCAGAUGCGUCAGAGGUGCAUGGCAGACCCCCACCUGUGAAUCUUUCUGUUCAAUGCCUCAUCAGGAAGUAAACAAUGCUAAACUGAUUGAUAAAAUCCGAGGUGAGAGGAAAUAUUCACAUGGAGACACAGCACGCUAUGAGUGUUAUGAUGAUCAUGAAUGUCAUGGACCGACCAUUGCUAAGUGUGAUACACAAACCUGGAUUUACCCAGAAUGCACUAAAAAAGGUCAAUGUACCAAACCGACAAUGGACAUGCAGUUUGUGACCCUGUUAGAUGAUAAAAAGACAUUCAAUAACCUUGAUGUUUUGAGAUACAAGUGUAAUAAACCGUAUGAUAAAAAACCAAACGGAGUCUUGAUUUGCAAAAAUGGAAAAUGGGACGGCACGUUUGACUGCACAAGUGGCAUUUGUCCUGCACCACCUAUGAUUGAACAUGGAGACUUUAAAGUCGAGCAGAAGACGGGUGAAGUUGUCACAUCGGUAUCGUACACUUGCCAGCCUUAUUUCGAACUGAACAAACAACAGAGAUAUUACAGGUGUCUGAAUGGGAAAUGGGAGACCCCUCCAUCAUGUCUGAAGCCAUGCAAAAUUACACCUGAAAUUUGCAAGGAGCACAAUAUAAAACCUGUCCUAGAUCACCACAUGAGGCACAGUGACAACGACUUCAAACUUCACUGUAAUGAUGGAUGGAACGUCGGAGGUUCUUUGGGACAUUCUCAUUCAAAAGCAUGGUGCAAAGAUGGGGAGUUAAAAAUUGAAAGUAAAUGUACAGCAAGAAACAAGCACAGAUAAAAUAAACCAAAGAGGAAACACUGAGACAUGAAGAUCUUUGAUGUAUCCAAAGCAUGAAGAUGGACAGACACAAAAACACAUUGAUGACCACCGUGGCUUCAGUCUACAAACUUAUGAAACAAUGAAAUGAUUUAAUAUAAUCUUUCUAAAAUUCAUGCUUAUAUGUUCUUGCUUUAGAAUA